CUAUUCCAGGAAAAGAAGUAAAGAACUGCUCGAAUUCUGUCGAACUUCGACAUCGCUUCCGCCGUCGAUUCAAACGAGAAAGUGAAGAAGCAAAUCGCGAAUUCCUCUCUGCCAAGUCUCUGCAUUGCUGGAUCUCAAGCCGAUCCUCCGAGAGUUAGUUAGGUGUGGGUAACGAUCUCGAGUUCCUUCUUCAAUUCAGUUCAGCGGGGAAUUACUGGCGGCAAGCAAAAAAUGGAAGCUCUGAAAUCGGCCAUGGACCAGCACUUGGACCAAAUGGCGGAUCUGGUUCAGAAGCUCUCUUCCGAGCUACGAUCCGGACUCCAGCCGGCUUACGAGAAUUUCAUGGGUUUCUUUCACGCCAUUGACUGGACGGAGCCUUGGUUGAUGGGCAUGAUGGGAUUCCAUGUAUUUCUACUUAUUGUAGCUAUAUUCUCGAGGAAGAACACUAAUUUCCAGAUGGGGUUGUUCUUUCUCACCUUGGCUGGGGUACGUUUAGCCGAGAUCUUGAACAGAAUACUUGGAAACAACUGGAGAAGCUUUGCAACCCAGAACUACUUUGAUCCGCACGGUAUAUUUCUUUCAGCAGUCUGGUCAGGGCCUCUUCUGGUCAUUGCCUGUCUAAUCCUGAUAAACACACUUUUCAACCUCUGCUACAUGGUGGUGAAGUGGAAAAGGGCGGAGCUGAAACACCGAGCCAGACUUGCUCGUGAUAAGCAGGAAUGAGAUUGUGGACUUCUUUCUUUAGGAACAAUGACAACGCGAAAAAGAGCUUUAAUGCUUCCAUGCGGGGAAGUUUUUGUGGUUACUAAAAACAAAGCUAGGCCGAUUCGAUUCUUUCCCCUUUUUGCUCUAGUCAUUAUUGAAAAGGUGUAAAUUGUUGAUACUCGACCAUAGAUUCGUCGGACUCGAGCUACUGGUUAGACCGAGCUGUAGGUCUCCUAGUUUGUUCAGAAUCAUGUGCUCCCAACUCUUUGUUCCGUAUCCUAUCUCUUGGUGACAGCAGCAGAUCUCCAUUGUUGUAGAUUGUUUUCUAUGGACCAAGAAGUAAAGAAGACUAGUCUUUUCUGCAUGAUUGUGAGUUUGUGACCAC